UCAACAUUAGAUCAGCCAAAAUUGCGACAAACUGCGAAGUUCCAAUUUGAAUACACAAUUUAGAUGUACAAUACCUCCGUUUAUCGCCAUCUUUGAUCCAAUCGCGGAAUCGACAUAAUAGUACCGCUGCAGUACUCGGCGAAGAGCGGAAGGAAACGAAAGCAUCAUUCGGAGGAAAAUGUCAAAACUCGAAGAGGCGAACGAGCACAUCCGUCAGGCUGAGAAAGCCUUGAAACCUUCUUUCCUGAAGUGGCGACCUGAUUACGAGGUAGCAGCUGAUGAGUAUUCACAGGCAGCAACAUGCUUUCGGGUAGCCAAGUCAUACUCACAGUGCAAAGAUUGUUUGCUGAAAGCAGCUGAUUGUUAUAAACAGUCCAAAGCGAGAUUUCACGCAGCAAAGAGCUACGAGCAGGCCCUGCUCAUUUGCAAGGACAUGGGAGACUUGUCGGACAUAAUGCAAUUAGCUCAUACUGCCUGUAAUCUCUUUCAACAACACGGUUCUCCAGAAUCGGGUGUAGCCAUCCUCGACAAAGCAGCCAAGAUACUGGAGGCUACACAGCCGCACCAGGCUUUGGAAUUGUUCAGGCGUGCGGUUGACAUAACUGUUGGCGAGGAUAAUCCACGACACGCGGCGGAAUAUAUAAGCAAAACUGCAAGAUUACUGGUGAGACUGCAAAUGUAUGACGAUGCAGCGGAUGCGAUACGUAACGAGAUUGGCAUGUAUCAAGAGAUCAAGCAUAUGCAGUCAAUCGGCAGGCUCACCGUAGCACUAGUGCUAGUGCAAUUGGCACGGGGCGAUCAAGUAGCGGCAGAAAAAGCCUUCAAGGAAUUGGGAUAUUACUGCGAGGCGCCCGAGGUGCAAACGUUAGAGAUGCUACUGCAGGCGUACGAUAACGAGGACGUGAAUAUGUUCCGGACGGCACUUAACAGUCCCUUUAUCAAGCAUAUGGAUGUGGAAUAUGCCAAGCUGGCACGAGGUUUGCCUCUACCACAGCAGGAGUACACCAUUCCACCAGCUGGAGUAAGAGCCAACGCCGCAGAAUCAUACGUCUCCCCCAAUGCAACGAAAGUCGAUCAAGCCGAAGCGGAAGAGAAGACUAAGGGUGAAAGUAGUCAGCCGACAAAAAAGAUGGAAGAAAAGCCGGAUGCUGCGCCAUCGAAGCCAGUGCAGAAACAAGAGCAAGAGGACGAGUACGACGAAGGCCUAUUCCCGCAUUCUGCAUGUCGUGAUCUUACUUGGCGCGACUUGGGCUAUUUUAGCGAGGUGUGCAAGGCGCUGAACAAAAACCGCGGAUUGUACGGACGCUGGAGCGAGCUGCAGGAUGUCACGAUCACGUCGCCGACCGGCGGCGGUGGUGCGCCGAUGAACGGCGCAGCUACGGCGCCGCCGAUCUCGCGUACGGACGAGCUCGACUGGACCACCACCGAGCUGCGAAAAGCGCUGCGCUCCAUCGAAUGGGAUCUCGACGAUCUCGAGGACACUAUCUGUAUCGUCGAGAAAAACCCGACAAAAUUUAAGAUCGACAACAAGGAGUUGACCGUUCAGCGAGGCUUCAUCGAACAGGCACGAGAAGAAGUCAAGAUCAUGAAGGACAAACUGAAUCUAAGCCGAGGGCGGGAUCGUGACAGCACGGCAAGACAGCCGCUUUUGGACAAUAGUCCAACGCGAGUGCCAGUCAAUCAUGGUACUACCAAGUACAGUAAACUAGAAAAUGAAAUGGACAGCCCAAACAGGCAAUUUUUCAGCAGCACGAUGCAGCAGCAGAAUGCUAUGAUAAGGCAGCAGGACGAACAAUUAGAUAUGAUUGGGGAAUCAGUCGGUACCUUAAAAACAGUAUCCAGGCAAAUUAACAGCGAACUAGACGAGCAAGCUGUAAUGCUGGAUGAAUUUGGGAACGAGUUAGAGACGACAGACUCCAAACUGGACGCAACUAUGAAGAAGAUGGCCAAAGUGCUGCACAUGAGUAAUGGUAACUAUGAUAAUUACAUCCCUGCUCCUACUACCCCAAUGUCGUCUAGCGUUGCCAACCUUGUCUCCUCCGAUCACAAGCCCUCUUCUUUCUCCUCGCUGUCCACCACAAUCACCAAUUGUUUUCUCUGUUCGCGAGAUUAAUUUUUAUGCAUUCUGAGACAAUUUGACAGCACCAAUGAUUCUUUUCUUUCAUUUUUACUUUUAUUAAAAUUUACAGUAUCUCCAAUGCAAAAAUGUAAUCUGGAUUGUAUUGAAGUAACAUCAUUGAGAAAUCAAUAGUUUACGAAGAUGAUACUUCAUACUUUAUUCCGACAUAAAAUAUGAAACAUUUCGUGAAGCAUUUAUUAUUCAAAAAUCGGCAAGCGAGAAAGUAUAAGAGGAACAAGUAAAUAAUUUUUCCAAAAGAAUCUAAUUUUGCAGUUGCAUCAUCGUUCAUUGACGCUGUCGAAAGGCUCUUCGAAAAAAAUUAGUCUAGAGAAUGCUGUUUAAUUAAAGACAGAUUAUUUUUUUAAAUUUUGUUCAAGUCUUGUGAAUAAUAGUAUAUUUUACAUUCUUAGUAGAAAUUCACGUUUUACGUCCCAGACGCAAUUAGGAAUGUUUACAAAUUUAAAAGAUUCCACAACUUCCUGUUAAAUUAGAAAAAUAUUAGUCUUAAAUUGAUUUAGAUUAAAUACCGUGGCUGAGAAGAAAGAGAGAUGUUGUACGCGAAUAGUCUAUAUAUUAGAGUAUAUUAUUGCAAAAUUAGAUGUGCGUAAUAUGAAGCGUAGUAUCUCCCCUAAUCUGUCUUAAAAAAUUACUAAAUUACUAAAUAAUUUCUAAAUUACAUGUAUAUUUACUUAAUUAUGUGUUCAACAAAUGAUUCAUGUAAAAGCAAUUGUAUAUGAUUUACUAGUUACAUACUUAACCACACUACACUAAUAUUCCAAUUAUACGUUACUUACAGACUUAUUGCUCACUAAGUGAUUUUAAUAAUUAGAAGUAAUUUGAUGGCUUGCUUUUAUCGUUGAUUAACAAUGAAGAAUAAUUCAAUAAUUUAGUAAAUGAUUCGUUAAUGAUAGAAAACUGAUUUCAUUAGUAGCGCUUUUCGUAAUAAAGAAUGAUCUAACGUGAGUGUCUUAAACAUCUUUUAACAUUCUUGGUUCUAACGUACUGCUAUAUCAAUGUUGUCUACAUCUCUGUUACACCCUUUUUUUAUUAAUUAUAAUUCGCAUUAAUUAUAAGUUAAAGGAUAAAAAAAAUUUAGACGGAAAUGAAUACACAUGAGAGAAUACAUUAAAAAAUUAGCUCUUUUGAUUAGAUGCAAAAUGAUAUUUUGCAGUGUAGAUCGCGAUAGAUCGAUAAAUCGUAUUGCUGUAAAUUUAAAAAGGAGAAAGACCUGAAGAGUAAGACCUAAUUAAAUAAUCCUAAUCGCUGCUAUGUAAGAUGUGAUAUAGUUUGUUAUAACAAUCAUAGUUACCAAAGAGAUAUCGAGUCUUCUUGUUCAAAGUGCGAGUGUAAUGUUGAAAUCAUGAGGACGGACCAGCUAGAUUUUUUCGAGAGGGAAUACCCUUAGUAGAAGAUUAUAUAUAUAUAUCGCAAAAUGUAGUCAUCGAAUAUUAUUUGACACUUAGAGCACCACGUUGAUGUCAAGGAUUAGAAAGGAUUACUUUCCUAAAGUAAAAACAGUUUAAACAUUUCAUAUAUCUUAAAAGCAAGAAUUUUAGAGAAUCGUAAUAGAAACCGGUAAAUCUGUAAGUCUAAAAUAUCUCAAUACCUAAAGAUUUAUGGACCAUGAACAAAAUGGUUGAAAAAUUUCAGACUUGGAGAAGUGGACUCUUCGAGAAUUUGACAAUUAAAGGUAGAAGUUUAAGAAUCAAAGCAAUCAAAUUAAAGGAGUAUAAUCAAUUGUAUUUCAGAAUUUCAAAUCGCAGAAACAAAUUUUGUGAAAAUUAAUUAUGAAUAAAUACUUCGAGAUUUGAAUGUUAUUUUGUUUUUGAUAGCUAGAAUGAGAAAUUCUGAAAAAUGAGAAGAAAAAUACAUAAGAUUACUACGAUAAUAAACGCUAACAAGAUACAAAUAAAAUAUAUAUUAAAAGUACUAAUCGUAUAUCUUACUCGUUGGAAAAGUUGAAAAAGAAGAUGAUUCGAUUAUAUGAAUACAUGAAUGAGAAAUAUAUUAAGGAUCGUAUAUCUGUGUGAAUCGAGAAGGAUGCAGAUUGUAAAUGUAAUAGAACAAGAAUAUAGUUUUACUGUUAUUUGUCUUUCUUUCCUCGACGACCAAUUGUGAAAAAGAAGGAACGGAAUACAUUGACGAAUAAAAGUUGAGAAC